AUGAGCGGUAUGUGCGUCAAUCACUAAGGUUACGAAUAUUUGUUUGUUAAUCUUAAAGAAGUUAGGGGACAAUCUCGUCUUCUUUGUGAAAUUUGUGUCUAAGAAUAAUCUGAAAUGCAUGAGCUCAACCUUAUUUCAAUUGGAACUUUAAUAAGCAAUUCCUUUUCUCAACACUAGAAACUUAUUUAAUUUGCUGACCAAGAGAAAAUUUUAUUACCUCACAUUAAGUUUGAUAUUGUUCAGAAUGGAACUCUUGAAAAAAUUAAUAGCUUCUACGAUGAAUUAUCUUCUUCUUUAUUACAAUUUGUUGAAGGAAAAAGAGAAGAGACUUUGAAGAAUUACUACGGACUAGUCGAGGCUCAGACUAAGAUACAAACUCUUUCUAAAUUAGAAGAAAUCUAAAACAUUUUAAGAAACGCUAAUGGCUAAGACACAUAAACCCUCCUCAAUCAAGUAAAGGAGUACUUUGAUUCUCAAAAGAGUAAAGAAGAUGAAAUUAAAUCUUACUUAGAGAGUUGUGUUAGCAUGUCAAAUAAAUUAGAAGGAUUUUAGUCUAUUUAAAGUAAAGUGAGUGAAAUUAAAGAAAAAAUAGCUGGUGUUUUAAAGAUGGAAGAUGAAAUUUCUUAAUUAUCACAACUCAGUCAAAAAGAAAUCAAGAAAGUAGAAAUAUUGAAAGAAUAAAUUAAGAGUUAAACGUAAUAGCUCCAAAAAUUGAUUAACUUAAACUCUAAUUUGAAGUCCUAAAAGCCCUUAGAAAACUGUUCUAAAUAAGACAUCGAUCUCUAUAAGCUUGAUGCCCUCAACAAAUCUAAGAGUCCUAACUAUUUCAUGCUCAAAAUUGCAGAGGCAAUUAAGAACAGCAAGUUCUUCAUUCCUUUAGAAAUGAAAUAAGAACCAAACAGCCUAGUUUUUAGCAGAACAUAACCUGGUAAAAACCUUAUUGGUUUGAUUGAUGUUCCUAUUGGUGAUGAUAUUUUUGGAUAAUCCUUUAAAGUUAAAGUUCUCUCAGGUUUCGUUUCGAUUGGUAUUUGUGCUCGUGAUAUUCAUGUCAAAAGAUGCUAUAGAUAUGAAUUUUAGAACUACUCUCCUUCAUGCGGAUACGCUAUGCUUUCAACACCUGGUUUCACUUAUUCCUCAUUCAACGCAUCAAUCCAUAAUCAGAACCAAAGGUUAAAUUAUGAAAGGGGCACAGUUCUUACAGUAACACCAUGUGAUAACAAAGUCAUCUUUACCCACGACAACUUCGGCUUUAAAGAGUUACCCUUUUAACCUGAAGAGGAUAUUGUCUACACUCCUUGCUUUAUGCUUUCUGAGAAUUCUUCAAUCCAAUUUAUUGUAGAUGAGUGA